CCACUCUACAAUUUGAAUCACUCCUCCUACUUUAAAAUUUCACUCCCAGUACCAACUAUCUCUUUCUAUCUGAUCCUACCCCCCUGAACAAGCAAGCCAUGUCGGAAACAACCCCCGUCUCGAAUCUCCACCAGCCCACCACACACAUCACAGCUCAUGACUCGGAUGGCAAAGCAAUCGUCUCAUCAGCCCAGCCGUUUGUUUGGGAGGAAUUCGACGCUCGCAAAAUGGCCUUCAGCGUUGUCUACACCACGUCGACCUUCCCCGCAAACCUAACCGACGGCGCCGAUCUCAAGGCGCACAAUGAGGUUCUCUCCAAAGGGAAGCUCGGGCUUGUGAACCCCAACGGGACUGUCCUACGUUGCGUCGACUUCGCCCCUGGAUACUCGUGCAUGAUGCACCGUACGAAAAGCCUGGAUUAUGGAAUCGUGCUCGAGGGCAGGAUUGAGAUGGUCUUGGACUCGGGGGAGGUCACCGAGUUGCGGAGGGGUGAUGUUGCUGUGCAACGGGGCACGAUGCACCAGUGGCGGAACCCUAGUGACGUGGAGUGGGUCCGGAUGAUGUUUGUGUUGCAGGACUGUCAGGCGGAUGAUAUUGAGGGGGAGGAUUUAGGUGUUGGUUUACAGGGAUUGGGACCGAGUGGUAACUGAGAGUAUUUUAGGUGAAGUAUGGUAGCUUCUGCAGAUUAUGAAUGAACUGUUAUUAAAUACAUUGG